CUCAUAUCCAUCUUUUGGCAUUUGGGGUGGGAGAACAGAUUAUUUCCUUCCUUCUCUGUACCAUGCUAUUCUGAUAUCCAGAAGUACAUCCAUAGGCAUCAGUCCUUAUGAGCUUCAAUACUCCUUUCUGGAAGGAAAGGCUUCAGCAGUGGAAGCUUUCUCAGCAGAAAAUGUCAUGCACAACUAGAGGGCAUACAGCAUUUCUUAAAGUAAAUGAUUCUAGUCCUCUUUUGGAAGUGGAAAGGGAUCAAUUAGAAAGGGAUGAGGAACUUCGUCAGCCACUUUCUAGAAAGGUGUCUAUCCCCUCCUCAAAGAUUAAUCCAUAUAGGGUUGUUAUAAUCUUUCAGAUUGUAGCAUUAGCAUUCUUUUUCCAGUACCGGCUUGUUAAUCCAGUCCAUAAUGCAUAUGGACUUUGGUUAACCUCAAUUAUCUGUGAAUCCUGGUUUGCUUUAUCUUGGAUUCUGAAUUAGCUCCCCAAAAUGCAACCUAUUACCAGGACAACAUAUCCAGAACGCUUAUGUUUGAGACAUAACCAACCAGGAAAACCAUGUCAGCUUGCCUGCAUUGAUGUGUUUGUUACUACUGUGGAUCCAUUGAAAGAACCACCCCUUGUCACAUCAAACACUGUGCUUUCAAUCCUGGCUGUGGAUUAUCCAUCUGAGAGGGUUACAUGUUAUGUCUCUGAUGAUGGGGCUUCACUGUUGACUCUUGAAACCCUAUCAUUAACCUGUCAGUUUGCUAGGAAAUGGGUGCCAUUCUGUAAAAAAUUCAAUAUUGAACCAAGGGCUCCUGAAUGUUAUUUCUCACAGAAGGUGGAUUAUCUAAAGCACAACAUAUGGCCAACAUUUGCUAAGGAACGAAGGACAAUGAAGAGGCAAUACGAGGAAUUCAAAAUCCAAAUUAAUUCCUUAGUUGUGAAGUUUCAAAAUGUCCCUUGUGAUGGAUGGAUUAUGAGAGACGGCACUCCAUGGCCGGGAAAUAACACUCAAAAUCAUCCAGGAAUGAUACAGAUACUAUUAGGCCAUGGUGGUCUACAUGACAAUGAGGGUAAAGAACUUCCACAGCUUGUUUAUGUCUCCCGUGAAAAGUGUCCAGGUUACGAGCACAACAAGAUGGCAGGAGCUUUGAAUUCUCUGGUUCGAGUUUCUGCCAUUCUGACAAAUGGGACAUAUAUUCUAAACCUUAACUGCAAUCACUAUGUCAACAACAGCAAAGCUUUCCUAGAAGCCAUGUGCUUUAUGAUGGAUCCCAAUAUCACAAAGAAGGCAUGCUAUGUUCAGUUUCCACAAAGAUUUGAUGGUAUUGAUUCCAGUGAUCGGUAUGCUAGCCACAAUACAAUCUUCUAUGAUAUAAACUUAAAGGGUCUUGAUGGAAUACAAGGGCCCUUUUAUGUGGGCACUGGAUGUUUCUUUAACAGGAAAGCUUUAUAUGGUUAUGACCCUCCUUUAGAACCCAAAUGUUGCAGAUUUAGCUGGGGUAGACCAGGAAAGAAAUACUUUGCUGAUGGCUGUGGUUAUGCCCCUACCCUAUAUCUGGAAUCAAACAACUUAAGUAUAUACAACAUGGAACCAAGUAGUGUUGAAAUGGAAAAUCCUUCUCUUUUUCUGAGCUUGAAGAAGUUUUUUGGUCGGUCACCAACUCUCAUUGCUUCGAUAAUUGUCAAGGAUGAUAGAUUCUCAACAUCUGCAACACGUGAGGAUCUCUUAAAAGAAGCAAUUCACGUAAUAAGCUGUGAUUAUGAGGAGAAUACUGCUUGGGGAAGAGAGAUUGGUUGGAUGUAUGGCUCUCUGACUUCAGAUAUCCUUACGGGUCUUAAGAUGCAUGCCCGAGGAUGGAGGUCCAUAUAUUGCAUGCCAUUAAUUCCUGCUUUCAAGGCAAUUGCACCAAUCAGCCUCUCUAACCGUUUAAAUCAGUUGCUUCAGUGGGCCAUUGGUUCAGUUGAGAUCCUUUUAAGCUGGCAUUGCCCGGUAUGGUAUGCAUAUGGUGGCAAGCUUAGGUUAUUAGAAAGAAUAGCUUACAUCAAUGCUACCAUUUACCCCAUCACAUCCAUUCCCCUGGUUAUAUACUGCACUCUACCAGCUGUCUGCCUUAUCACCGGAAAGUUUAUUGUUCCACCGAUCGGUGAUGUUGGAAGCAUCUUGCUCACACUUCUUUUCUUCUCAAUUAUUGCCACGGGUUUUCUUGAAAUGAGGUGGAGUGGUGUUGGGACCCAAAAGUGGUGGAGAAGCCAGCAGUUGUGGGUGAUUGGAGGGGUCUCGCCCCACUUGUUUGCAGUUAUUUAUGGACCAAUGAAGAUUUUAAUGGGGAAGAAAGCUAAUUUGACUGUGCUGACUGAAAACUCUGUUGAAAAUGAUCUCAAGGAGCUAUAUGCUUUCAGAUGGACUUCUCUUUUGAUAUUGCCAACAACAAUAAUUCUCAUUAAUUUAUGUGCUAUGGUCUCUGGGAUCUCUUCUGCUAUUAAUAGUGGGUAUGGAUCUUGGGGUCUACUGUUUGCCAAGCUGUUCUUCUCAUCCUUGGUGAUCAUCCAUCUAUACCCAUUCUUGAAGGCCUUGGCAGUCCGCCAGCAACGAAUCCCAACAGUCGUCAUAGUUUGGUCACUUCUGCUUGCUGCAAUAUUCUCUUUGUUGUGGAUUCGCAUGAAUCCAUAUGUUACAAGGUUUACCGGACCAAAUUUUCAGGAAUGUGGAAUUUAUUGCUGAGUUUGAUCUCUCAGGACUGCCCACCACAUUUGAACAGUGGCAACCAUUUCAGUCUGUUCUUUAAAUUUAUCAGAACCAUUGGUUUUGGUGUCAACUCUUGCUGAGUUGAAUGAAAAUUCAUUUCAUGGAAGACAUUCUUUUGUAAAAAGAGCAUAAUUUGAGUCAACUGCAGGUUUCAACUGUGUCGCACUUAUGUUUAUGUGGAUGCCAUGUCUGGGUAAGCUGAGAGAGACUCGGUAGUAAUCAUGAUGUCGGGGAACUUCAUUCAAUGAAACUUGUGGCUAAUUUUGGUAGGAAUAUGAACGAAUCUGUGAAGUCAGCAAUGGAGUCAGUAUGGAUGCCCCCAGCCAAUGGAAUAUCGCAUAAUAGAUGGCCUAACGCUUGGGAAAACUUUCAUCGCAUAUGUAUCACAAGUAUCCUUGAUGCUUUGAAUUAAUUUCCCCGCUCCUUUCAGAUUGAGAGUAUUUAUGUGACUUUGGCUUCUGCUUCAUGUGUUGGAUAGUUCUUGGUCUUUGCUUGCUUGUUUUCGUUGCAUUCUUUUUGGCUUUUGGUAUUCGUAAGAAUUUGUCUUCCUUUUCCUUGAGACUCACGGUUGAUGGAAUAUAAGAUCUUGGCCUAUUGCUUGUAUUA